CUCAUUCUCAUGCAAUUUAUCCUGAUUCUUCUCGCUCUUCUUCUUCUCUUUUUCCUUUCUGGUGUCAUGGGUUGGGUCUCCACGUAUCAUUCAUAUCCCCUUUUCGUGGCUGGGUGGUUCGAGUGCUCAAAAUCAUGGUUUUUGCCUCUUUUUUUCGCAGUUCAUUUUUUCAACGUAUUGUUAUUGAUCAUUUUCGAAUUAUGGAUUCUGGAUUGGCCAGUUGGGAACUCCAAGAAUAUCUGGUGUGUGCUUUUUCUUGUGGGUUCCGGACUUUUCCAUUGAAAAAUAAAUAUCGAAGGUUGGAGGGUUCCUCAUGUUGUCGACUGUUGUGGCUAUUACAAUCAUUGUUAGCUGUGCCGUGCGCAGUCGGUGACCAGAUUAUAUGGAAGAUGGGAAGAUGGGAAAGUAUCUUUGAUGGUUGCUUCUUUUUCGUCUUUGCUUUUUUUUUUUAUGGUCUUGGGCGAAGGGGAGAGAAACGCAUCAGUAGCUGGGAGUGGAUCAUGAAAGCGAUUCUGCAGCGGCUUCUCUUUGCUCAUUUUUUUGUUCCUGAUAGUUUGGGAUGUCUUGUUCGGCUACGUGCGUCAGUAUGUGUGCCCGUGUGUUCAUUGUGCUGUUUCCAUGGCAGCGGCGUUUCAAGUGGUGUUUUGGAGGCAUUAUGUAGUAACUUAUUACUUUCCUCAUUAAAUGUGCUGGGAAAAUGGAGUUGAAUUAUGUGGAUUCAUUGGCGUGUCUACUCUUUUUCUUCUCUCCUUAAGCUUCAUUUGCAUAUAUAUUUUUCUUUCAUCAAGCGAGUAACUUGCUUCUGCAUUUAUCAUGACAGGCCAGUGCAUUGGCGAAACCACACACAAAAAAAGGGAAUUGCGUUUGCGAAAAGUUAUGCUUCCUGUAUUGUAGGGACAAAUUCACCUCUUAUAACAAGUUGUAUUCGGCGUAAAAAUUCUUUACUAUCAGAGCUGAGGCUGGACAGUCAUAAUAUCUCUCGUGACAUGGUGUUUUCUGCCCUUGGUGAACUGGAUGAGUGAGGAUCUCUGGCUUGACCUCUCGGCUUAGGCAAAUUCAACCUAUUAUUAUAUAGUUUAUAUUUGUAAAUAAUUUACUAUA